ACGCAUGCGCAUAUGACGGCUCAAAUUCGUUGACGCCAUUUUGGACAUCGCAGGACUGUUUUAUACAGCUACUUGCUAAUGUUGAUCAAUUAACUAUUGUUUUAAUUUGUUGACCGGCCAUAGACACUAUCAUUGCUGGCUAGCUUUCGACUCAGCUGGCCAGAUUGUCUUAUUUCGUUAGCUAGAUCUUGACGUUGUUCCAUUUGUGGUUGCUAACUAGCUACCAGCAGGGCCCAUUUGUCCGUGCAGAUUGCUUGUUUCGGAACUUGCAUUUUCUCGUUGAUACAAUAACCACAGAUACAAUUGAUUAAUCGCCAAGCCUAAAUACUGAGUUGAUUGUCCAUAGUGUCCUUUGGACAAAUGGAUGGCGAAGAGGACGAAUUCUUCUCCGGGAACCACUCUGAUGGUGGCGGCACCCCAGUACAAGACGAACAUGCUCCUGGUUCAGAUGCGGAAGAGCCGCUCCACUCCGAGGAUGAGAAUAGUGAUGGUGAGGUAGCUGCUCGGGCCAUGGAGGCAAACGGCGUGGCCAGCGGGUCAGACAACGAGGGCCACAAAGGGGCGGACAGUGACUCUGAGGGGGAGGCCCCUAGGCCUGCAGACAGCGAUAACGAGGAGGAGUCCCCAGUCAAACGCAGAGGCAGCACCUCAGACAUAGAGGAGUUCCCACCCAAACGCAGCGGCAGCAACUCGGAAAUUGAGGGGUCCCCAGUCAAACGCAGAGGCAGCACCUCAGACAUAGAGGAGUUCCCACCCAAACGCAGCGGCAGCAACUCGGAAAUUGAGGGGUCCCCAGUCAAACGCAGAGGCAGCACCUCAGACAUAGAGGAGUUCCCACCCAAACGCAGCGGCAGCACCUCAGAAAUUGAGGAGUUCCCACCCAAACGCAGAGGCAGCAACUCGGAAAUUGAGGGGUCCCCAGUCAAACGCAGAGGCAGCACCUCAGACAUAGAGGAGUUCCCACCCAAACGCAGAGGCAGCAACUCGGAAAUUGAGGGGUCCCCAGUCAAACGCAGAGGCAGCACUUCUGACAUGGAGGAGAAAGAAACCAAACGGGCUGCAGCUGGGAGCGACUCUGAGAACGAGGAUCAGCCCCCGUCCCCAGCCCGGAGCGGACACACUAAUGCACAUAGUGAGAUUGAGGCACCCAAACACAAAGCGCAGAUGGAGUCUGAUGGAGAGGAGGAGGAGGGCGGCAAGAAUAAAGGGAAGUGGAAGGCUGUAAUGCACUCCGACAGUGAGGAUGAGGUGGAUGCUCGGCCAGCGAAAGCAGCUGCAGGCAGUGACCAGGAGAAGGAGAGUCCCGCCAAACGGGUGGUGGAAGAUAGUGAGGACGACGACGAGAUGCCAAUGAAGAGGAAGAAAGCCAUCCUGUCAGACAGUGAAGAUGAUGAGGAGAAGGCUGACGAACCAGCGGUGAAGAAGAGCCGCACCGUGUCUGACGAUGACAACUCUGACAGCGACGCAGGCUCGGAGACGCCCGACAAAACUAUGGCCAAACUGCGGGAACUGGGCUCAGAAAGCGAAGACGAGGAUGGUGGACAGAAGGCGGAAGGAGGGAAGAAGGAUGAGAAAACACUGUUUGGUAGCGACAGCGAAUCAGGCGAUGAGGAAGAGAAAAUGAUUGCCGACAUUUUUGGUGACUCUGGCGAUGAGGAGGGGGAAGAGUUUACGGGUUUCAAUCAGGAGGAUCUGGAGGGGGAUAAGAACCAAUCACAGGCCUCUGCAAAGAAAGCAAUGGCUGAUGACUCUGACUCUGAUGAGGGCGUGGACAGGGGGGGUGGCCAAGACACCAGUUUCAUGUCGGACUUUGACGUGAUGCUGGCUCGUAAGAAGGCCCAGAGCGGGAAGCGACGACGGAACCGUGACGGGGGAACUUUCAUCAGUGAUGCUGACGACGUGGUCAGCGCCAUGAUCACCAAGAUGACAGAAGCUGCAGAGGAGGACAGAACACUGAACGCUCAGAAGAAGCCAGCCCUAAAAAAGCUGACCCUCCUUCCCACUGUAGUUAUGCACCUGAAAAAGCAAGACCUCAAGGAGACGUUCAUCGACAGCGGGGUGAUGUCGGCAAUCAAGGAGUGGAUUGGCCCGCUGCCAGACAAGAGUCUUCCGGCCCUCAAAAUCAGAGAGGAUCUCCUCAAGAUCCUACAGGAACUCCCCAGUGUGAGUCAGGAGACUCUCAAACACAGCGGGAUCGGCCGAGCCGUCAUGUUCCUCUACAAACACCCCAAGGAGUCGCGCCCCAACAAGGACCUCGCCCUCAAACUCAUCAACGAGUGGUCCAGGCCUAUUUUUGGCCUGACGUCUAACUACAAGGGCAUGACGCGCGAGGAGAGACAACAGAGAGACCUCGACCAGCAGAUGCCGCAAAAAAGACGCCUCAGUCAGCCCCAAAAGGUGGAGAGGUCCAAGGAAUCGGAUGUCUUCUCCCCGCAGCAACUCAGUUCAGGGGGACAGACUCCUCAUAGAGACCUGGAGAAAGUGCUGACAGGAGAAGAGAAAGCUCUGCGCCCAGGCGACCCUGGGUUCUGUGCCCGAGCCAGGGUGCCCAUGCCAUCCAACAAGGACUAUGUUGUGCGGCCCAAAUGGAACGUGGAGAGCGAGUCCAGAGCAGCCCCGGUUAAGAAGGGCAUGUCACGGGUGGACAAACAGUUGCGUCGCUUCGCCGACAUAAAGCGUAUGACGAAGACAGGCCACGCGGUGAAGAUCAGCGUCCAGGGCAACCGGAUGCCCCUCUGAUUUUUUUUUUUCUUGAUUUUUCUAGCUUUCCCACCUUUUUUUCUCCCUUUUAAUUUGUUGAUCUUAUAGCAUGGUCCCAGUUCAAAUUCUUCAUCCUCCUUCUUUCCUUUCUUGAAGUGAUUGGCUACUAAUCUGACAGCUGGCUAGGUGAAAGCAUAGGUUUCAAUACAUAGCUUUUACUGAUCCAGUAAUAUCAGAGCUGUGAUAAUUCCAAGGAAGGGAGGAUGGAAGAAUGCAAUUAUUUAAAUUAUUUGAUUAGGGCCGGGGUCCCAGUUCUGUGUGCUUUAGCCAACUCCUCUAACUAGCAUGACAAUGGUCAGAGGAGUUGGCUAAAGCACAUACAGAUGGGACCAUGCUAUCGUCCCCUAUACAAACCCCCCCAGCCCAGCCUGACUGUAUGAUAGUGGUGUGGCUUCACAGGCUGGUUGGCCUUCGGUCCUCUAGACUUUGGGAUAGAUUCAAUACAGAUUGUGGAAGAUUCGCGUUAUAGCGCAAUUUAAAUUUUAAGGUAAUUUCUGAUUGAGCAGACAUGCAGUGUUUACCGAACAUUGCCCUUAAAUUUCUAUAGCGCUGAUCUUCCGUGCUCCGUAUUGAAUAUACGUUAGGCCAUUAUUGUUUUACUUUGUUUCUGAAGAAGCUGUACAGACGUAGGAGCUGCCUUUGUGUGUCUUCACUGUGUGCCGGUUGGUUCCGAAGUUACUUUCGUAAUAAAGAGGGUUUCACCAGA